AUGAUCACAAAGAUUCUACCAGGCUCCGUAUAUGAUCACAAAGGCUCCUACCAGGCUCCGUAUAUGAUAACAAAAGGCUCCUACCAGUCUGUAUAUGAUCACAAAGGCUCCUACCAGGCUCCGUAUAUGAUCACAAAGGCUCCUACCAGGCUCCGCUCCAUAUAUGAUCACAAAGAUUCCUACCAGGUUCAAGAUAUGAUCACAAAGACUCCUACCAGGCCUGUAUAUGAUCACAAAGACUCUACCAGGCCUGUAUAUGAUCACAAAGAUUCUACCAGGUUCAGAUAUGAUCACAAAGGCUCCUACCAGGCUCCGUAUAUGAUCACAAAGGCUCCUACCAGGCUCCAUUCAGAAUUGCCCCCCACGGGAGCUAGUUUAUUGGGCACCUCCUUGCAAGGCAAAGCGCCAAAGAGUUUACAGCGCCCAACAGGGAAGCAUGCUGAAUUCAUGCUUACCUUCUUUCCCUCGGUACAACUGCAGCCCUCAGGUACCACUACAGCCCUUGGGUACCACAGCAGCCCUCGAAUUUCCCAGCCCUUGGGUAUCACUACAGUCCUUGGGUACCACAACAGCCUCGAGUACCCACAGCAGCCCUCGGGUACCACUACAGCCCUUGGGUACCACUACAGCCCUCGGGUACCACAACAGCUCUCAGGGAACCGCUACAGUCCUCAGCCCUCGGGUCCCACUACAGCCCUUGGGUACCACUACAGCCCUCAGGUACCACUACAGUCCUCGGGUCCCACUACAGCCCUCGGGUACCACUACACAGCCCUCAGCCCUCAGGUACCACCCCAGCCCUUGGGUACACCACAACAGCCCUCGAGUACCACAACAGCCCUCGAGGUACCACUACAGCCAUUAGGUGCCACUACACAGCCCUCAGCCCUCGAGAGUGCCACUACAGCCCUUAGGUACCACAACAGCCCUCGGUACCUACAACAGCCCUCAGGUACCUACAGCCCUCGGGCCCCACUACAGCGCUUGGGUACCACAACAGCCCUCGGUACCACUACAGCGCAUGGGUACCACUACAGCGCAGGUACCACAACAGCCCUCGAAUUUUCACAGCCCUCAGGUACCACACUGGCCCUUAGGUACCACUACAGCCCUCAGCUCUCAGGUACCACAAUAGCCCUCGGGUACCACCCCAGCCCUCAGGUACCACUACAGCCCUUGGGUAGCACAGCCCAUGGGUAUCACUACAGCCCUUGGGUACCACUAGAGCCAUUGGGUACCACAACAGCCCUCAGGUACCACAGCCCUCAGGUUCACUACAGCCCUUGGGUACCACAACAGCUCUCAGCCCUUGGGUAUCACUACAGCCCUUGGGUAUCACUACAGCCCUUGGGUAUCACUGGCCUUGGGUACCACUACAGCCCUCGGCCCUCAGGUCCCACUACAGCCCUUGGGUACCACUACAGUCGCGCCAAGGUACCACUACAGCCCUUAGGCACCACUAGCCCUCAGGUCCCGCAGCCCUCAGGUCCCCACUACAGCCCUCAGCCCUCGGGUCCCACUACAGCCCUUGGGUACCACAACAGCCCUCAGGUACCUACAGCCCUCGGGCCCCACUACAGCGCUUGGGUACCACAACAGCCCUCGGUACCACUACAGCGCAUGGGUACCACUACAGCGCUGGUACCACAACAGCCCUCGAAUUUUCACAGCCCUCGGGUACCACACUGGCCCUUGGGUACCACUACAGCCCUCAGGUACCACUACAGCGCUUGGGUACCACUACAGCGCUUGGGUACCACAGCAGCCCUCGGGUACCACUACAGCCCUCAGCCCUCGGGUACCACUACAGCCCUCAGGUACCACUACAGCCCUUGGGUACCACAGCCCAUGGGUAUCACUACAGCCCUUGGGUACCACUAG